CAGGCACCGUGUCGGCACACCACACAGCACACGCUGUAACACUGUGUCAGAGAGUUGUACUUGUAGGCACAAGCACACACUAAAUGCUCCUGGCUCUGAAGCAGCAUUGUCCUGGGCAGAAUAAGGAGUUGUUUCGGUCGUGACGUUUCUUGGGCAUUGCCUUCAAAACACAAGUUUCGUGAUCAAGCCAACGUUGUCUGUCGAAGUCACCAUCGAUACUGCUACAGCAAGGAGGAAAGAUGGGAGACUUCUUGGUGAACGAGGCGCCACGUUAUCUUGUUCUGAUCCUAUGGAUUGGCAUGCAGGCAUACUUCUUCGUCUACUUCUGCUGGGUGUUUGACUCCAGCAGGGACUUCUUCUACCUGAAGCUGGUCAUCGGGAAAGGGUUGUGCAUAGCACGAGGCAGCGCGGCCAAUCUCAACUUCAACAGCAUGCUCAUCCUGCUGCCGGUGUGUCGCAAUCUCAUCUCAUUCCUGCGUGGAUCCAAUCAGGGUGUGCGACGAGUGGUACGGCGUUUGCUGGACAAGAACAUCACCUUCCACAAGUGCAUAGCAUGGUCCGUGGUCUUAUGGACAGCUAUCCACACCGGCUCUCAUUUCUGGAACUACGAGCGGAUCACGGUUGUCCACAGUGAGGUUCCGGGCAUGAGCUGCAUCCCGCUAAACGCCCAGCCAGUACAGCUGCCCGGUGUGUCACCAAUCAAAGUCAUGUGGACGACAUAUGCUGGCAUCUCCGGUCAUCUGAUUGUGGUAGCGCUAUUCCUCAUGGUGACAUCAUCCAUGGAAAUAAUUCGGCGAUCCUACUUUGAAGUGUUCUGGUACACACAUCACUUGUUCAUCAUCUUCUACGUUGGCGCUGUGGUCCAUGGUCUCCAGGGCCUAAUCCAAGGCCAGGUGAACACGGGUAUUCAUGAUCCCGACAGGUGCUAUCAGACGUACAUGAACGGUUCAGGCAUCUGCAAGAUAGACCACGCGACUGACCCAGACUGUGAUCUGGCAACUGCUAGGUUCAAAAGUGCUGGGGCACAGACGUGGAGGUGGGUUGUCGGUCCACUGGUGCUCUACCUGGUCGAGAGAAUCAUACGAUUCAUCCGUGCCCAGCAGAAGGUGGUCAUCACCAAGGUGGUUCAGCAUCCGUCCAAGACCAUUGAAAUCCAGAUGCAGAUGAAAGGAUUCCACGCGGAGGCAGGCCAGUACAUCUUCAUGCAGGUUCCGGAGAUUUCAUGGUUUGAGUGGCAUCCAUUCACCCUCACCUCGUCCCCAGAGGAGAACUAUUUCAGCCUACACAUACGCAUUGCUGGAGAUUGGACAGAUGCGUUAGCGAAGCGUCUUGGCGUCGGCAGUGGAGAGUUUCAGCCAGCCCAGAACAUGCCCACUAUCCGCAUUGAUGGACCAUUUGGUACACCGAGUGAGGACAUCUUCCGUUUCCGCACAGGCGUGUGUAUUGGAGCAGGCAUUGGCGUUACUCCAUUUGCUUCCAUACUCAAGUCUAUCUGGUAUCAGUCACUGAACCCUGACAAGCAACUGAAGUUGAAGAAGGUCUACCUCUUCUGGAUCUGCCCGGACACAAAUUCAUUCGAAUGGUUUGCUGACCUACUAAAGUCCCUGGAAGAUCAGAUGAUUGAACAUGGGCGUGCAGACUUCCUGGAUUACAACAUCUACCUGACGAGAGGUUGGGGAACAGAUGAGGCUAAGAACAUCAUGCUGCACGAGGAUGACGAACAAGACCCUAUCACUGGCCUGCAACAGAAGACGCACUAUGGACGACCGCAGUGGGCGCAGAUCUUUUCCAGCAUGGCUGCCGCUCACAAAGGGGAAGACCUGGGAGUGUUCUUUUGCGGACCCAAGAUCCUGUCCACCAAGCUACACAUGAUGUGCAACCAGCACACUGACCAGGCCGCAGAGACACGAUUCUUCUAUCACAAGGAGAAUUUCUAACAUAUACCCAUCUUCACCCGGCAAACCUCACACAGGACAUGUGUAUUCAAUAAGCUAUGCGUGCUGAUGGGCUUAAGUUUGGGAGUUGCUCCAGAUAGUAGGCUGAUACAAGCCAUAGGUGGCUGAUUCACGCAAGCCAGGCAGAUGACACAGGUGGCUGAUUCAUGACAAUCAAGCGGAUGACACGAUUGCCUGGUGUGCUUGCCUAAUCCUUCUGUUUUUGCAAGAAACCUGUCCAGCACAAUACACAUUGUACAUAGAACUAUUUAUCAUCAGUGCUAGUACCAGCAGCCAUGUUGAGCAGUUUUUUUUCCUCUGACCAAUUCCUACAGGCUACGGUAAUCUUUCCAUGUAAGCACUGCCUCUCCCUGAUAAAUAUACCCCCAUUGGAUUUACUCGAUCACCCCUCUUUUGAUCUAGGUAGAUAAUAGAAGGCCAUUCAAGCGUAUUCAAAUACAAUGCAUGGGGGAAACCAACCAGCUUCGCUAUUAAUGAAAUUUCUUGAGCACUGUUUCACAUAAAUCCAGUUUCACUGUUUCGUUUUUCUGCACAUCAACGCUCACUGCACCAUUGUUUACAAUUCUUCUGGCGGAACAACUAUUAGCAUUGAAUACUAUAACGCCAGGACAGACGGCCAGGUACUUAAUUUUUCUCAUGAAAUCGGUCUAAAUCAUGGAGACUUGCUGAGAUCAGGACAAGACAUUGAUUUCUGGCUCUUCCUGCUGGCCUGCCUUUCUACAAUUCUGGUGGGAUCAAUCUGCACAACCAACCACAGGUGCACUCUACACUGUACCCACACUGAUUUCAUUUUGUUUUAAAAGCAAAGACCAAGCCGCAAAGCCCUGCCGAGACAGCAGGUGCGGUGCCAGGGA